AUGGGUUCAAAUCAAGUGAUAAUCAGAUGUAUUCCUGAAUGGGAGCAAAGAGACGUACUCAACCAUUGUCAUGCACUGGCAUGUGGUGGGCAUUUCGGCCCAAGGAAAACUGCGAGGAAAGUUCCGGACAGCGGUUUCUACUGGCCCUCACUGAAUUGGGAUACUUAUGAGUUCUGCCAAAAUUGUAACAGCUAUGUGGUACAAGGAGAGAACCAAACUCUGACACGACAAAAACCUUCAGGUCAAGGAACUGCAAGUCAGGCAGAAGGCACUCCUUUUUCAAAAAAGUCAAGGCUCAAGCUCAUGCCUGGAAAGCUGAAGUCCAAGUGGAUAGGGCCAUAUACAAUCGUUGGCAUUCGGGCAAAUGGAACAGUGGAAAUUCAGGGAGUCAAUACUAACUUUGUUCCUUUCCUUGUUAAUGGUCAUAGGGUGAAAGUGUUCAGGGAUAGUUCAGAGUUGUGUGAGUACCGUGAGCAACCACCGUCACCACCACUAAGCACGAUGCAGAGGAACCCAAUGCGCGGCUCAUCCCGCCGGAAAAAUGCGAAUCCACCGAAGGAGAAAACCAGUAAAACGUCGGCGGAGGCGACGAGUUCAAACCCUACUGCCCAGGAGCCGCCGACGUCACUGCCGGCCGUGGUUCAACCGCAGCUAGACAUCAGCCAGAGCAACCCCACCGCUCAGAUUACUCCCUCCGCCACAGCGAUUGACGAUGAUGAACUGGAUCCCGAGGAGGUCAUACAAGAAUUCAUGAGGAAGUACGGCAAGGGGCCGAAAGCAAGCAACUUUACCCUCUCCUUGGAUUCUAUUACUGAUAAAAAUGCACUUAUUUCCUUCAAAAACUCCAUCACUUCCGACCCUUAUGCUACCUUGAGAACCAAUUGGUCCCAAAACACAUCAGUCUGUGAUUGGAUUGGUGUGUCGUGCGGCCUCAAACACGGUCGUGUCACUGCUCUCAAUCUCUCUGGCUACGACCUUGUUGGAACUAUUUCUCCACAUAUUGGAAACCUUUCGUUUCUCAGAUAUUUGGAUAUCAGUUUCAACAGUUUCACGGGGAUCCUACCAUUCGAUCUCUCUACACUGCAGCAUUCGAAGAUGAUGAAUGUGGGAGUCAAUUUAUUCACCGGGGAAAUUCCAACAUGGUUGGGCAGUUUACCUCAACUAGAGAAACUCUAUAUGUACAACAACACUUUCUUAGGUACAAUUCCUGCAUCUUUGUCUAACAAUUCGAUGCUCCAAAUGUUAAACUUUUCCAAUAAUCAAUUGAGUGGAUCCAUACCACAUGGUGAAAUUGGAAGUUUGAGUAUGCUUAGAGAGUUGUUGCUCGGUGCUAACGAUUUCACAGGUGAAAUUCCAACCUCUAUCACCAAUGCUUCUCAGCUUACUGCGAUAUACUUGAGCAGUAACUCAUUCACUGGUCCCGUUCCCAACUUUGGUAAUCUAAGACAGCUGCAAGUCCUUGGCCUCAGCGAAAAUAAUCUGACUGGAGUAGACUCGCCGAAUCAAGAAUUGGGAUUUCUCUCUUCCUUAACAAACUGCCAACAUUUGGAGUUCUUUGAUAUUAGUAACAAUCCGAUGAUGAAUGGUAUCCUUCCAGCUUCCAUUCCGAACUUGUCUACUUCUCUUUCCAGAUUUAGAGCAUCUAAUUGCAGCAUCAGAGGUAUAAUUCCUCCUGAAAUUGGAAAUUUGAGGAAUUUGGAAGUUUUGGAUUUAUCCAAGAAUCAACUCACAGGAUUCAUCCCAACUACAUUUCCAAUGGGUUGUAGUCUCGAGUCACUCGACUUAAAUUCUAAUAAAUUGGCAGGAUCUUUUCCCCAAUCCCUUUCCAAUUGUCCAAGUCUGCAAGUUCUCGAUAUUGGAAACAAUAGAAUACAAGACACCUUUCCAGUUUGGACUGGAAAUCUCAUUGAUCUUUGUGUCCUCAUAGUGAGAUCCAACAACUUUAGUGGUACCAUUCCUUCUCACACUUCCAAUGCUACUCUUCCAUUCCCCAUGCUGCAAGUUUUUGAUAUAUCCCAUAAUGCAUUCAUUGGCAAUCUGCCCCAUGAAUAUUUGAUGAAUUUUAAAGCGAUGAUGGAUGCAUGGGAGAUUCACCGAGGAGAACGAGAUCUGUCUCGAUUAUAUAUAGAUUCAUUGACAAUAACAAUGACAUUAACAGUGAAAGGUAUUGAUAGAGAAUAUAAGAGAAUUCUGAAAACCUUGACAACCAUCGACAUGUCAUCCAACAGAUUCUCAGGCAGUAUCCCAAACAUCAUAGGAAAUCUGAAUUCCUUGAUAUAUCUGAAUCUGUCUCACAAUUGCCUCACAGGAGGUAUACCUGCAUCUCUUGGAAACGUGCCACAACUCGAGUCGUUGGACCUGUCUUCAAACCGAUUGGAAGGGGAAAUUCCAACAGAGCUUACAAAGCUCAAAUUUCUUUCGGCGAUAAACCUGUCCAUGAAUCAUCUUUCAGGGAUGAUACCUCAAUCCAGUGGCCAGUUUCCCACAUUCGACUAUACAUCAUAUGUUGGAAAUUCUGGACUAUGUGGAUUUCCAUUAUCACGAAAAUGUGAAGUCUUCGCCUACAGGGAUGCUGCAAGAAGAUGAUGAUGGUGAUUAUGGUAUUCUAGAAGGAUUCUGUUGGCAGGCUGUUGUUUCCGGGUAUGGAUGUGGAUUCG